UUCUCAACACACUCAAUCCAAUAGCAACAACCAUGCGAUCGCUCUUUGCGUCUGCUGCAUUCGCUCCGGCAACCGUCCUGAAGCACAUCCCGCGGAUUGCCUUUCCCGCGCGCCGCAUGCCCGACGGCUCUGCAAUGUACCCGAUCAAUGCAAGCAUCUUUGCCAAGCAAGCGGUGACAAUCCCGAACAGCGCUGCUGGCCAGGCAAACUCGUCAUCCCGCUACCGAUCACUUGCAUCCUACGUGCCAUACACUGCUGCUUCCCUGCUGCGACAACGGAGGCACGCUCUGACGCAAGAGGAAAUCCGCAUUGUCGAGUCGGGCGGCGCCUUCCCAUAGUCUCAUGGCUGCUUGUUCUGAUUGACUUUGUUUUUAGCAGUUGCUCGAAAGCCUCUCUUGUACAACAGCUGUGCAACAAAGACAAUCUGGGUUUUCGCUU